UGUUGCUUCGAUUAAACAUCGCGUGUACAGUAGAUGAAGAAGGUUGCUGGUCCAUAGUAGUAACUCACGGGUUAUUUUAUUUGUGUUGUAUAAAGGUCUAAACACUUAAAAAAUCAGGAUCGCUCAAAUGGCAACUGAAAGCGAGGAGAAUGGCGUAGAAAUGCAAACGGAGCUGGAGGAGUCUGCUUAUUCGUUGGCUCGUUUGAAGUUGGAGAACCUCCUGAAUAAGAGCAUGAGGAUUCGCAUGACUGAUGGACGCACACUGGUGGGGCUCUUUUUAUGCACAGACCGAGACUGCAACGUCAUCUUGGGCUCUGCACAAGAGUUCCUCAAAUCCACUGACUCUUUCUCACAAGGUGAGCCCAGAGUUUUGGGACUGGCUAUGAUUCCUGGCCAUCAUGUGGUUUCAAUAGAAGUGGAAUCUGAAAGCCUUCAGACCACCACCUAUGGACUCUGAGGACUUGAGACUCUGGGGAAUGUAGUUUGCAUGCACAUGUUGCUUCUGCAACUACUGAUUGGGCAGUACACAUCCAGCUGUGCUGGGACUACUGCAACCUGAAUGGAUUCUUCCUUAUUUGACACCAUGAUGUUAUAUAUAUAUAUAACAAGGAUAAUGACAGCUUGAGCUGUGCUUUUUUGUUUGAGUGCACUUCUCUCUCUGUCUCUCUGUGUGUUUGUGUGUGCGCACGUGUAUGUAUGUUUACUUGUUUGUAAGCAAAUCACAUUGUGUGUGUAAAAUUUUGACUGUUGAAUUUCAAAAUAAGAGACCUUUGGAGAAUCACGGUAAUAUUUGUUAUUGCUUUGCACCACUUAUAGUCCCUCAUAACCUCAUAUCACCAGCAGAGGGCAUUCACAGACCUGUUGUUUACUCAUAACAUGAUUAUUAUUACAUUUGUGAUCUUAACAGUAUAUGAAUAAAAAAAACAACAUCUCAUAGUGUAGUGUUAUCAUGUAGGUUAUAGUAAUAUUCAAAUUAUGGGAGUGAUUUAGAAUGCUAAUUUAUUACAUAUGCUUAUUUGAGCAAAUACACAAGAAUUUAAAAAUCUUGUUUGAUUACACAGUAAUUCAGUUCAAAGGAAGUACUGAUUCAUUGUUUAGUCUUGUAUAGAAUUUAACUCUAAACAUCCCACCAUGCCAAUAGGUAGAUUGACUAAUCUCUGAAUAUGGAAAAAGGGUCACUAAUCUAGAAUAUUCUGGUCCGACAUAACGUUUAAAUAAAUGUACAGAUUUUCCUUUCAUUUUACAUUAAAGUAUUAUCAAAUAUU